AUGACGACCGUAAGCACCUUGACCACCACGAUCGUCCUCGAGGGAGAGAAAGCCCAAUCUGUCUCUCUUGAAACCGUCAAAUACGCCGAUAUUCUUCAACAAGACGCACUAGAAACGUCCAAGCUCCUUCGAGCGUGCCAGAGUCCGGGGUUCUUCUAUCUGGAUCUUUCGGGCGUCAAUGCACAGUUCAAUGGCGAUGCUUAUCUUGAGAAUAUCCAGUUGCUGCAUCAGCAGCAAGAGGAAUACUUUCAUCUCCCCUUUCACGCAAAAAUGAAAGACUACCUCGAGUCCUCGGCCAAAAAGGGCUAUCAGUACUUCCCGGACUGUGAGGCAUUCGAAGUGCCAUAUAACUCAUCUCGAGCGGACGAUAUUCCAUCUCCACUGAACCCUCAAUCCGUAUGCCAGGUCAUGGCACAUACACACGCGAUUGCGGUAACCCUUAUUCGCUGCCUUUCGCCCUUCAUCGGCAAUGAAGAUAUUCGGAAAUACGUGAGAUCGAUUCACGAUGACCGUGACGUAUCUCUUUCUGGUAUGAGGCUGGAAAAUAUCCUGGCCGCGGAAACGGGAGGGUGUAUCCAUUCCUCUGGAAACACGGAUAAGGGAUCUAUGACCCUACGCCAUUGUGAUGAAGUGAUCAUUGAGUAUUUGGACGCCGAGACUGGGAGGUGGGUAUAUAUUGAGCCACACCAAGGUUGUUUGAUUGUAAAUGUCGCAGACUUAUUGCAGACAGCUAGUCAUGGGCUCUUUCAGAGUCCACUCCAUCGUGUGGGACACCCGAUGGUUGGUACCCAAGCCCGCCGAUGUCUAGCAUACCAUUUGUGGCCUUCGGAUAAUUAUGUUAUGGACCUGUAA